AUGACUCAUUCAACAGCAACGCCAUCAGAUGUUCCUUCUGAUCCAUCAAGUCCAACAGGGCAGCUCUGCACUUGGAUCUCAUCUCUUACAUACGACGACAUCAAUGAGGAUCUCCGUACCCGCGCUAAAUACUUCAUCUUGGACGGCAUCGCUUGCGGCUUAGUAGGCGCUCAUUUGCCAUGGUCUGAAAAAGCAGCAAAAGCUCUGUUGGACCUGGAACUCACUGAAGGCUCUGCCGGCGUCAUUGGCUACGAGCGUCGAAUCAAUGUUCUCAAUGCCGCCUUGUUAAAUAGCUCGUUCAUUCAAGGAUUUGAAUUAGAUGAUUGGCACACUGGAGCUCCAUUGCAUUCCAACAGCAUCAUCCUGCCUGCUCUGUUCGCCGUGUCUGAUCAUCUAUCGUUGAAGUCGGGCUCAUCAUCAACCAAUUCUGGUCGAGAUCUUAUUACUGCGUAUAUUGCUGGACUCGAGGUUGGCCCUCGCGUUGGACUUGCUCUCCACGGGCCUCACAUGUUAUCCAUGGGAUGGCAUUCAGGCGCCGUUUUUGGUCCUCCUGCGUCCGCAGCUGCUGUGGGCAAGUUCCUCGGACUAUCAGCUGGUGCCAUUGAAGAUGCCUUUGGCAUUGCAUGCACGCAGGCUGGUGGUCUGAUGUCUGCACAGUUUGAGUCGGAAGUGAAGCGUAUGCAGCACGGUUUCGCAGCAAGAAGCGGUCUUCUAGGCGCUCUUCUAGCCCAGACCGGCUAUGUGGGCAUCAAGCGCGUAUUUGAGCGUGAAUAUGGCGGGUUUUUGAAGCAGUUUAGCAGUGGAAAUGGUAUGGAGCCGCAGUACAAGACUGAAGAAAUCGCCAAAGACCUUGGCCAAAAGUGGCUGAUGCAAGGCGUUGCGAUAAAGCCAUACGCGAGCAUGGCUGGGACACACAACACAGUGGACUGCUUAGCAGAUCUUCGCAGCCUCUACCCCGAACUAUUAAACGACACAGAAAGUAUUGAGCGUAUCUUAAUCGAAUUAAGCAAGCCUGCUUUUGAGCAUGGAGGUUGGGAGGCAAAGCGGCCACUAACGGCAACCGGGGCUCAAAUGAGCAAUGCCUACGUUGCGGCCACAUACAUUGUUGAUAAUGCCGUCCUUCCGGCACAAUUCUCUUCUCAUAUGAUUGAGAGGGAUGUGGUAUGGGAUCUAGUUGGCAAAACGACGUGCGAGUUGAACAAAGAGUUUAGCAAAAUGCGUACUCGAGUGACUGUUUGGCUGAGGGGCACGGAUCCUAUUGUUGUAGAUAGGGAGGUGGCUAAGAGUCUUUUGCCCCCAAUGAGCAAUCAUGAGAUACUUGAAAAGUGGAGGAAUAUUACGGCUAAUGUGAUUGAUGAUGAAAGGAGACGGAAGAUUGAAGAAGUAGUUUUGAAUCUUGAAGAUUGCAGCGAUCUCGGUGUAUUGGGUGAGCUGUUGAUGGGUAUAACAAAGAAUCCUAUUAGCUGA